AUGCAUUAGAAUCAAUUCGUUGAAUAGGGUGACCCUUAAAAAGAAUUUUUAGAAGUAAGUAACAAAUCCAACUAUUUUAGGCAUUUAAAGAAUUACUACAUUUUUAAAACUCCAGAAUUCCUAAUAAUAAUGACUUAAUGAAUCAAAAUUACCCUCAAUUACUUUACCCACUCAUUCUUCCCACUGAAAUACCAAAUACAUUUAUAGUAAUUUUUUUAUUUUAUUAUAGAUAAAUAUGGGCCCAUAUUACUCUUAUUUAUAAUAAUCACAGCUGAAUCCAUAAGCAAUUUAAGAAUAAGGAGUAGUUCAAAAAAUAUAGUAAACUUAGUUCUAAAAUCAUCAAAUUAUCAAAGAAGAAUUUUUAGAUGACAACAAGUAAUACAAAGGAAAUUAUUUGUAAAAAAAACAAUAAUGAAUUGACC